AAUAUCAGAGCUUCAAUGGUCUGAGAAACACCGGGAUGCUAGACGCAGCCACAACCGAAAUGAUGAUGCGUCCUCGUUGCGGAGUUAAGGAUAAGUAUCAUGAAGCCCAAGACAUGACAGCCGAAAGCUAUGUCCUUCAAGGUCGGUGGCCGAUAAACCGUUUAACGUACAGGGUAUCAAAGUACACUAGGUGGUUGGAGCCAAGGGUCGUGGAUCAAGAAAUUGCGAAGGCGUUCCGUAUGUGGAGUAGGCAUACCGAUCUAACCUUCAUACCGAAGAAAAACGGACCCGUGCACAUUGAAAUUCGCUUUGAAAAAUACGGUCAUGGUGAUAGUUUCCCGUUCGAUGGACCAGGACGGGUAUUAGCCCACGCUUUCUUCCCAAAAUUUGGUGGUGACAUUCAUUUUGACGAAACGGAGCAGUGGACCGUCAAUUCACCGAAAGGAACUAAUUUGUUCCAGGUGGCUACUCACGAGAUUGGUCAUUCACUCGGACUCUCGCACACUCACGACCAAUCUGCGGCAAUGUUUGAUGCCUAUCUCGGAUAUGAUCCGAACUUCCAGCUAAGGCGGGAUGAUAUUCUUGGUAUACAAAGGUUGUACGGCCCGAAAAAAAAUUACGGACGCUUGCACUCUUUCAACCCAGACAGUAAAAUUCUUGCGGAUAUCAUCACGAGCUGGCCCUUGGAAUCGGAAGAAUCGGAGAAAUGGGCACCUCUGGAAAUUGAUGAUAUUUCCCAACCAGACAACGAUGAUACCUUCGUCUUUGAGUGAUAACUACUAUCGCAUCAAUGAAAAAUUAUCCACAGUAAGCUUAAAUAGUACAAGAUAUCCGGCGCUGACUUGCUCAUGAAUCGAAAUUAACUUGCAGGUCGAACAUUAAGAGCCACCAAACCCGAGACGAACUGCAUUUUAGUGGCUUGGCCGCAAUAACCAGGUUGAGAUCUUCAACCCACCAAGCUAUGAACAUUUACAAAUCUUCGAAGAUACCACAUCAACGCGAUAGGCAAUGCAAAGAUCAUCAAAUA